ACCAACCACAAACCACGAGGUAAAAUAUCAAAGAUUAACAAAGACAACAUGAAAGUUUCAGGGAUAUUUGCAAUAGUAUGUUUGGUAGCUCUCGUGUUUCAGAGGCUGGUUUCCUCUGCACCGGCUAAGAAAGCCACGCCACAACCAACAAAAAGUCCAAUAGACAUCCACUGCAACCUUCAUGACAACAUCCGCAGACUUAUAAAUCAACUUCCAAUGGCUGCGGGUAAUCUCGAGCAAAAGGUUUAUAAACGUUACCAGAGACUCGUAAGUGUAGAUGAAAAACAAUAUUUGCACAACCACUUGCACAUGCACCCGACGAAACUUUGGUCGGGUUCUGCUCAGACAGGAAACAGUGAUUUGCACCUAAUAUCGUCUGCAUCACUUCAGUCAAACACAGUUGUACUUGUAAACUCGACGCUGAGUAAUAGCUCUACGGUCAUUUCUUGUUUCUAUUGUACACUCGAAGAAUCAAAGAACGAAUACAAAAGCCUUUCCAGCUCGACCAAGGUUGUCAGUGCUGUGAAUCACACACUGCGUGAAUUAAGAGACUUGCUCAGUGAAAUCAUAUACGUUGGCAAGCGUAUCAUACCAGGAAGCACAUAUACAACGAAAUGUAAGACAUGCCAAAUCAACCUGACCAAAGGGAAGCGCAACCGAAACCAGAUUGCACUUAACCUGGCCAUCGCUCUAGAAAGACUUCACGCCGCACUGAAUAUCAUGAAGACAAACUUCUUUGCACUCAGAAAAGCUUGUCCACCAGCUCUCGUAGCAGGUAGUCAAAGUGGAUAAGCCAAUUGAUAUACACGAACUAUAGAUCUUUAAGACAUCACAGUAUCCAAUACGAUAUUGGUAUU